AUGACUCCUCUCCUCCUAGGGUUUUUUAUCUCCUCCUCCACCGUGACCGGCCAACUCGGACUACCGCCCGACGUUGCGUCGAAGCUUCAUAACGACAGCCAGUCCAUCAAUUCCACUGCUACAGAUUGGGGUCGUAUUGUUCAUCAAUCCGCAGCUGCAGUUCUGUAUCCAAACUCAACAAACGACAUAGCAACGUUGUUGCAAUUCGCCAACAAUGGCUCUACGCAUUUCGGCAUAGCCGCCAGAGGCAAUGCCCAUUCCGCUCGUGGACAAGCCAUGGCCAAGGACGGCAUUGUCAUAAACAUGACGACUCUGAACAACAUGGGGUCGAGAGUUGUGGUGUCGAAGAGCACCUCUUUGGGUUCAUAUGCUGAUGUUGGUGGCGAGCAGCUAUGGAUCGAUGUAUUGCGUGCAACACUUGAACAUGACCUUACGCCGGUUUCGUGGACUGACUACCUCUACCUCACCGUUGGUGGGACACUCAGCAACGCCGGCAUUAGCGGUCAAACGUUCCGUUAUGGUCCUCAGAUCACCAAUGUGCAUGAACUGGAUGUCGUAACUGGGAAAGGAGAUUUAAUAACUUGCUCCUCUGACCAAACACCUGAGCUAUUCUAUUCGGCUCUCGGAGGUUUAGGCCAAGUCGGCAUUAUAACCAGAGCAAGAAUCGCCUUACAGUCGGCUCCCAAAAGGGCUAUAUGGAUACGACUAUUUUACAACGACUUCUCUGCAUUUUCAAGUGACCAGGAAACUUUUAUCUCAGGCAAUGGAAAGCAAGGAAAUAUUGGAUUCGACUAUGUGGAAGGUUUUGUUCUAAUGCAGCAGGGUCCUGUAGACCUUUCCUUCUAUCCAGUAGCUGACCACCCGAGAAUAACUUCUUUACUAAACCAAUACGGCAUCCUUUACACCAUAGAACUAGCCAAAUAUUAUGAUGAUACAGCUAAAAAAUCCAUUGAUAAGGUAGUCAAAGUAUUGCUCAAUGGGUUCAGCUAUCUUCCUGGAUUUAUAUUCCAGCAAGAUGUAUCCUACAUAGAUUUUCUGAAUAGAGUGCAUACCGAAGAGGAAACACUCCGAACACUUGACCUAUGGGAUAUUGCUCAUCCAUGGCUAAACCUCUUCGUACCAAAAUCACGAAUUGCAGACUUUGAUACCGGUGUUUUCAAAGGCAUUCUUCUGAAAGAAAAGGUUCCGGCGGGACUUAUCAUCACCUACCCCAUGAAACGAAACAAGUGGGACAAUAAGAUGUCUGCAGUUAUACCAGGGGAAGAAGUGUUCUAUGUUGUGGCGCUUUUGCAUUCAAGCGGGCUCCAAGAAUGGCAGCAGUUUGAUGAAGUCAAUGCAGAAAUAUUGCAAUUUUGUAAGGAUGCUGGUAUUAUGAUUAAGCAAUAUCUUCCCCAUUAUGAAAAACAGCAAGAUUGGAUAGACCAUUUUGGAUCAAAAUUGCAAAGCUUCCAGGAAAUGAAGUUUAAGUAUGAUCCGAACAAGAUAUUAGCCCCGGGACAGAGGGUUUUCGAUGACUUGUAA